GCGCCAGAGCAGACAUUCUCCAGGUGACCUGCCUUGUGUGAGAGCCCAGCGACUGAUGAUGAAGAGCCUGCUCCUGACCUUCUUGCUGCUGGGGCUGGUGGCUGUGCUGAAGGCCCAGGAAGUUUUAUCUGAUUACCAGGAGGAGCUUUCUGGGACAUGGUACAUAAAGGCCAUGGUAUGUGAUAAGAACCACACAGACAGGAAGGGCCCCAAGAAAGUGUUCCCGAUGAUGGUGACAGCUCUGGAAGGAGGGGACUUGGAGGUGGAGAUAACAUUCUGGAAGACGAAUCAGUGUCACAAGAAGAAAAUUGUGAUGCACAAAACUGAUGAGCCUGGCAAAUACACUACCUGUAAUGGCAGGAAGACCGUGUACAUUGAGGAGCUUCCCGUGAAGGACUGUUACAUCUUCUACUCUGACGGCUGGCACCAUGGGAAAUAUUUCAGCAUAGGAAAACUCAUGGGGAGAAACCCCGAGGAAAACCCAGAGGCUAUGGAAGAAUUUAAGAAAUUCGUACGGCACAAGGGACUCAAAGAGGAAAACAUCUUGGUCCCAGAGCUGAGUGGUGAGAGCAGGGCUGCCCAUGUCUCUCCCUGUGUCCCCUAUGCCACCUCUGAGUGUCACUGUCCCCAAACCAGGUCUGUCUGUAUGCUUCUGUCUUUUCGGUACUGUACCUUCAAGGUCCCCUCACCUCUCACAGGCUGGCCAGGCCCUGCUUCAGGUCUUGGCUGUGGAGGGUCUGAGCUGCAGGGGUGA